UGCAGAGGGAUUGGUCAGUGCCACCAUGGAUCUGAGUGUCCAGCUCUAUCAGCGAGUCACCUGAGAGACGGUGAACUGCAAAGAGGGAGCCAUUUUACUCAAUAAAGAAAGCUUCUUCCUUCUGAAGGGAACCCAAAGGCCUGUACCAAUUUAACGUCUUCAUUACUACAGCCUGAGACAGCCGGCAGGACAGGCGAGUCAGAUGUCAGCAGUAUGAGCUCCAAGAAUACCAAAUUCAACAGACAGGAAGAUGGGAGUGAAAUCAGGUCUUCUUCUCCCAGGAGGACGUCUUUUAGUGAUCCAGCAGUGCCUGUGUGGGUUACUCAUGCUCCAACACCAGAUAAUCUGACAGAUCCGAGUGAUGGUGAUUCUAACUCAACAUCCCAAACUCAGAGCGUUUCGCCUUGUGAUAAAAAGAAAAGCAGCAAAAUGGGGGGUAUGACAAGGAGACUGAAAUCCUUCGUUCCUCAUUCUUGGGGCGUCUUGAGUCGGAAAUCAGAAAAGCAAAGUCACCCCGAAAGAAGCAAAACCGUGAUCCAGGAUCUUCCUAAUGGGACCAGAGUAAGUCCUCCUGUGAGCCCCUUGCUGAAGCCUAGGAACUUGGAUGAAUCAUUGGCAUCCUCCAGUCAGAGCUCACGAAAGCCUCUGUUGAAAGAAAGCCUGCUUGAAGAUCCAUUUUUCCUUAGUCUACAAGAGGAUUCUCUGCUGACCAGCAUUCACCCUGCAGAGUACUAUGCAGAGAAGCUGGAAGUGUACAACAUGAAAUACUCAUAUUUGAAAUCAUGGCCGGGGUUGCUCAGGCUUCUGGGAGGGCUUCAGCUCUUGUUUGGGGGAAUGGUCUUCGCCUGUGUCAUUGCCUACAUUCAGAAAGACAGUGAGUGGUCCAACACCUACGGGCAGUACAACGGCGUGAUCAACAAUGGCUUCGGUCCAUCUGCUUACAGCUACGGAGGCCCGAUGACUCCAUUCAUUCUCGCCGUGGCCGGAUUAUCUUGGAUUCUCACCCUGUGCCUCUUGGUGGUAGGAAUCACAAUGUACUAUCGCACCAUCCUCCUCGACUCCUCCUGGUGGCCUUUGACAGAAGCCUUCCUGAACAUAGCGCUCUUCCUCUUAUACAUGGCUGCAGGCAUCGUUUACCUGAACGACCUGAACCGAGGAGGCUUGUGCUACAUGACAAUAGGGGUCAACCCCAUCAUGUCCAAACUGUGCCGAGUUGAAGGGGGCCAAAUGGCGGGAACUGCUUUCAUCUUCAUCAACAUGACUAUGUAUCUUGGCAGCUUCUUGGUGUGCCUGAAGAUGUGGAGGCACGAAGCUACUCGUAAGGAGAGGAAGCGCUCAGAUACGAAGGGGGAUUUCCAGCAUUCCAUCCCACUCACCACUCAAACGAAACACAUUUCAUUUACCGACGAACCAGAUGAAGCUCUGAAUAAACAGAACAGUUUUCCAAGCGAACCCUCCUCUGAGGUCCAGAAGAACUCAGUCAGUUGGAGCAGAACGGCCAAAUCCACUCACGAACCCAGAGUGCAUGUCAUAGCAGACUACAUCCUAAAGUAUCCGGUGAUCCGAUGUGUGGAAGAAAGAGACGAGUACAGAGCAGUGUUCAAUGAUCAGUACCAGGAGUACAAGGAGCUUCACUGUGAUAUCACCGCCACGCUCAACAAGUUCAGGGAGCUGGACGCCAUUAUGGAGCGACUCCCCAAACAACGGAAAAACCUGAUGGAUCAAGAACGAAUUGAAAGCAUCUUAAAGAAAUAUCAUGAGAAAAAGAAUGACCCUACUUUUCUUGAGAAAAAGGAGCGCUGCUACUAUCUAAAAGCUAAAUUAAGCCACAUUAAAACCCGGAUCCAGACUUUUGACAAGGAAACUGCAGUUAACACAGACUUAAAACAUUCUAGGACAACAAAAUAAAUGAUUUCUUACAGUAGGUUUUUGUAUUUAUGUACAUUUGAAGUGCUGUAUUUUAGUUUUUAUUUCCAUAUUAAAUACUGACCAUCAGUCUCUGAUGUGAAAAAAGCAAAGCGUGUUUUCUGAAGAUGACAAUGAUUUUUAUUCUGUUAUUUGCACUUCCUUUCAGCCAUGAGCACUAGGAGUCUGUUUGAUUCAGUACUGGUGUCACUGGGAUGUCUCCUGAUGAGUUUAUAACAGAUUUGAAAAUGAAUGUGUAAAUUUGGGAGAAAACUAAAGUUUAAAAUAUUUUAAUCAAGGACUAGCAAUGUUGAAUUACUAAAUUUAGGGUUAAAAUUUGUUAUGGAUUAGCCCAGCAAUAACUAGGUAAUAGAACAAAAUUCAACUCUUACAACAUGAGAAUUUAUUCUGAUUUUAUUUUGUAUUUUUGUAUUUGAUAUUGUACUGGUGGAUCUAAAUUUGUAAUUUAUAUUUUAAUAAAUUAAAAAAGGCUAAAUCAGUG